AUGUCGAGCCGUAGGUCAAGGUCAAGGCAGUCCGGCUCGUCGAGGAUCACUGACGAGCAAAUCAGCGACCUUGUCUCCAAGUUGCAGGACCUCCUUCCCGAGGCGCGUCUCCGGGGCAAUGAUAGAGUACGUAAUCAUUCAUCAUUGGCAUUCUCUCUUUAUAUGCAGCAAAUGGUAGCUCUAGAAAUUAUGGAGACGUGCACCUACAUCAGGAGCUUGCACCGGGAGGUGGACGACCUGAGCGAGAGGCUGUCGGAGCUGCUGGCGACCUCGGACAUGAGCAGCGCGCAAGCGGCCAUCAUCCGCAGCUUGCUGAUGUAG